AAUCAGCAGUAGGCAGCGCAAGAUCUCACACCGAUUUCAGCUUUAGCUCUUUUUUUUCGGAAAGCAUUUGUCACACAACGUGUUUUUCAUUUACGUCCGCGUACCAUGACCGAACAAUCAGCAUUACUUCUUCGAAAACAACUGGCAGAGCUCAACAAGAACCCCGUGGAGGGCUUUUCAGCUGGUCUGAUAGAUGAUGACGACAUAUAUAAAUGGGAAGUUGUGAUCAUUGGUCCACAAGAUACCCUUUUUGAAGGAGGGUUUUUCAAAGCAUACCUAACCUUUCCCUAUGAUUAUCCACUACGGCCUCCAAAGAUGAAGUUCAUCACUGAAAUCUGGCACCCAAAUGUUGCGAAGAAUGGGGAUGUUUGCAUCUCAAUUCUGCACGAGCCAGGAGAAGAUAAGUUUGGUUAUGAAAAGCCUGAGGAGCGCUGGCUUCCGAUCCACACGGUAGAGACAAUCAUGAUUAGCGUUAUCUCCAUGCUGGCAGAUCCCAACAGCGACUCACCAGCUAAUGUGGACGCUGCUAAAGAGUGGAGGGAGGACCCUAACGGUGAAUUCAAGAGGAAGGUGGCUCGCUGUGUAAGAAAAAGUCAAGAAAUGGCAUUUGAUUAGGAGUCAAGUGUAAAUUCCAGGUUAGAGGAAAUGCCUUGAGAGGGAAAAUUUCUGCAAAAGGCUUUUGCACCCCUUGUUUUGCCAGUCAAAGGAAUUGGUUGGCUUCAACCACGUUUCUGUGAACGGUUGUCAUUUUCCGCAAGAUGAGCCAAUUUGAGAACCCUACCAGCGAAAUUAACCUGUUUCCUACCUGGAAUUGUAUAUUUAAUGUUAUUUAUUUUGAAAAAUUAAUGAUGUAAGAUAAUGUCACUACUGUAAAUUAACUUGCUUUUUUAUCUGCUGCUGAACAGUUUCUACUUUAUACCAGGUUUCUUAUGCAAUUUAGUGGUCAAGAUUGUGUAAAACAAAACGAAAAACCCGUUACCAUUAGGUCAUCACUUGUCCUCCCUACUGAAUACUUACCCCCAGAUUAAUGUCGGCCCAACAAAUCUCUGUCAGUAGAUGUGAUUAUUUUCAACACUGUCAUCGAAUCACCGUUGCCUUUGUUGGCUUCACCUCCUCACAGUGUGCUUGUUGUUUAGAGGGUCAGGUUGCAAACUUUUAGAGGCGCUUAUAAAGAGUUUUCGUACAGUCUAUUUUUCUGAGAAAUGGCCUCCUGUUAGCAUUUUCUUGUGCUGCUGUAAGAGGUAUAAAACCAUGACUCUCAAACCUGCAUGAUCCCCUCAAACAGCUCUGUUAUGUAUUGUUGCUAGCUGUUGAUGUAAAUGGAAUGGCUUACUCAGAGAUUUGAGAGUCACUGUUUUAUAAUAUAUUGACUCAUACAAGCAUAGCAAAUGGUAAUACAUGGUUUGUGCCAACUUCUCAGGAUCAAACUUCAUGUAGAGUGUUGAUUAGCAAUCGGCAAAAUGAACCUAAUAUUCCUCAACACGUGGCCCUCUCGGUCGCCGAAGAGAUCUAUUAAUUAUCACGUAGUCUUUUCAUACCGUUAUCGUAACUCAUGGAUAACCAAAUACAGUCUGUGAAAAAGCCUAAGCUGUGAUUAUUCCGCGUGUGUGCUGGUUAUCUGGUGUCUGAGCUUACCUCAAUUUGACAGGCUCGUAAAUUUGCCGAGGAUUAUGGGUGUUUGAGUUCUUGAUCGAUUAACAUGGGUAAUUCUAGGGGCUCCAUAGUAGAAUUAGGCUAGUCGUUCUUACUUCGUUUGUUGUGGCACGUUUGGCUUUUGAUCAGUGUGUGGGUAAAUGAUGAUGUGUAUGUCACAUUCACUCACGGGUUUAGACUCAGAGGACUUUGGGAAGCUUGCUGAUUAAUGCUCUUUAAUUCUCUCAACAUCUUGAGUUGUGAUCAGUGCAUACUUAGAUAAUAUUUAUCACCUUUACUUAAUCACUGAAUUUGGGUUGUAAUUCUUGAUAGAGACUUGAAGUUAACUCACCACUUAGUAAAGUAUGAAUACGUGGUUCUGAUGGGAAAUGAACACAAUCCUGCAUCUAGGUUUCAUUUUGAAAGAAUAUACACAGUCGUGUUUGGGUGGAGUCUGGAAACCAUCGGCUUUUGCUCACUCUCACCGAUGGUGUUGCUGACAAUUAAGCCAUGAUGACAUCUGUUUUGAAUUAUGUUGUACUUGACUGAUCUGUGACUGACAUUGAAAAAAUAGCUUACCAUCUUUUGGCGCAUGCAAUCAGGUUUAAAGAAGGUGGGUAUGUUUAAAUAUGAUACCAUUGUUAGUACAUUCUGGGUGAAUGUGAUGUGUACAGUUAGUAGAUUUCUGUAGACUUGAUGAUCACAUAACUGCUGUUGACAUUACCUUUUUAAGUCAGAAUUUUCUAACCUACCAUGACCUCCUCUGACCGGUGUUCACUGUAUUUGCACAGAUUCGGUGCGUUUGAAAUGUCAUUAAGCAAUACGCCCUGAAAAUGGUGUGUCCAGGUAAUCCACCCUAACGCCAUUAUUUCUUUUAGGUUUUUUGUUUUUCCAUUUUGUGUCAAUGCAAUGUAUAUUGGACAUGAUGCUCAAUAAAGUGUGUAAACAGA